UCAGUGCCGUAUCCAGGGGGUGGGCUUUUGGGCUUAAGCCCCCCCCGAAAUCUCAGGAAAAAUAUUUUUUUAGUAAUGCGUUAUGCGUAAUGGGUUCAUAUCACAGAACAAUAUCAUAUUAUCGUUCAUGUCAUAGUAAUAAUGUUGACGACCUUUUAGUAUAUUAUGGUUGUGGUGACGCGGUAGUCUUAUCACCACGUCUUACUCACUCCGCUCGCGUUACCGCGCUAUACGCGCCCCAUGAUAAUAUAUUGAUAACAAUAAUCUUAUUCGUGAUAUCACAAAUUGUUUUAUAAUAUAAUCUGUGGUGAUACGUGGUGAUACCAUCAUAAAAUAAUGCAAUACUCCAAUAUACCUACUAUCAUUAAUUAUCAACAUCAAUUUGUGGCUUUUUGCUUUUUAGUUUUUACUUUAUAUUAUAUUUAGUGAAGUGUGUCAGUUUUAUUAGUUUAUAAAAUGAAUGAAAACGAAAAUGAACCUAAGAGAAAAAAAACCAAAACAUUGUAUUCAUACUUUAGUUCAAAUGUAACUACUUCUGCAAAUAUUUGCAUCAAUGAACAGAUUACAGCUUCUUUUCAAUUUUGAACGACACGUAGAAACUAGAAGCCAGACAUAUGUCCAGAUGGUGCAGCCUAAAGCUGUAUGUCGUAUGACGUUGCCAAAGACAAACAUAUUAAUUAUUUAUUAGUACAACUGAUAGGUACCUGAUAAGGUUUAUUAUGUCAUUUAGAUGUUUUAUAAACUAAAAUAAAUAACAUCUAUUUUCUAUUGACUCAUCGAUCAUUCAAGUCCCUUCACCAGUUAUUGUGGAAUCUGGAUUCGUGUAUUAUCAAUUGAUUACUAUUUGAAUAGUCGUAACUCUGUUUUUAAUUGUGUGUAAGACAUUAAUUUUGUCUUGUGAUGGAUUCCGGAGAUGAGUUUACAAAUGACGACGAAAUCGAAAAAAGGGUUAGAACUCUUUGGGUGGGUAAUCUUCAUCCGAAAGUGUCCAGCCGAGAUAUAGCUGAACUGUUUUAUCAGGUGGGGCCAAUUGAAUAUGUAGAUUUUGCGUUUGACGGACAUGAAAUACGUGAAAACUUUGCUUUGGUUGUAUUCAAAUAUUCAAGUUCUGUGGAAGAUAGUAUAAAAUUGUUUCAAGGUACAGAGCUAUAUGAGCUGCCGAUAAUAACAAAAAAUUACUCUAAACACUUUGAAGAUCCAGUUUUUAACGAUCAACUUGACUAUUUCAAACAACUGAUUAAAGUAGAACGAAAUUGUCAACCAAACAAUAGUCCUACUGAAAGUAAAUGGAUUGAUCAAAGUUUAGAUGAGAAAAAUAUAAUUCCAGAUACUCUGCCUGAACCUCCUACGCAUGAAUUAUAUAAAAAUCAAGAUAAUUAUGAUCGUAGAUCAGAUAAUGUGACUAGAUGUAGAUCUAAGGAUAAUUCGACUAAAUAUAGACAUAAUGCCCCUCAUACCAAACAUCAUAACUCAGCAAACAGCGGAGAACAUUAUCCAACCGAUAAAUCUAACCAUAGUCAUAAACAUUAUAAAAAGUCUGAACACAACAGCAGCUCUGGUUCAAUGGAAGUGUUUAAUUAUGAUUGGGAUUCGCAUCAUAAUCAAAAUACUGAUCGUAAACACCAUGAUAAUGUUAAGACAUCAUUUAAUCGGAAAGAAAGAACAUACCAUAAUCAGGAACCUUCGUUUGCACAUGAAAAAAAUGGUGCUAAAGAUAAUAUGCUAGUACGUGAUCUAAGAGAUACUAUGUUAAGAAAACGUAGUCGCUUAGAUUCUAAUUUUCAUAUUGAUACAAAUGCUAAUGCUGGUUGUACGUCACUAUUAGAUCUCAGGGAUACUAUGUAUGGUCAUAAAAGCAGUAGAUAUGAAGAUCUAGGACAACAAUAUUAUGAAUCAGAUUCUAAUAACCGGUGGUUAGAACAAAAUCAGAACACAUAUGGCAGUAGUAGUUUCUCAAACAGAGAACCUCGUAAAAAUAACUUCAACUCUAAGCGUUACAGUGAAUCAAAUACUAAACAUCAAAAUCAUUAUGCUGAUCAAAGUUAUAACCAAGAUAAAUCAUAUAAUGAUUUUCAAGAUUAUGACAGUGAAUUUCCAAAUAAUUAUAAUGACGGUUACAGACGAGAGAAAAAUAGGCCCAUGAAUCAUAAGUACAAUAAUCCUCAGAAUAUGGAAUCCAGCAGUCGUCAGCACAAUUCAUAUCAUCCCUACAAACGUAACAAUGAAGGUCAAGAUAGAAAAGAUAACAGAAAUUUGUAUGAUGAACAAAGUGGUCAAAAUCGUGGUAGAAGUUAUAAUAGAGGGGGUUCUGACCGAUCAAGGCAUAGUUAUUAUUCAUAAAAUUGAUAAUUAAUUAAUGCUGUUUUAAAAAUAAACUCAUUAUUGUAAAAUCUUAAAAAUAAUUAUUUGAUAAGUACAGUUUUUUUUUAAUUGAAACUACAUUUAAAUAUUUUGAUAUUUAUUAAUAUAAUCUAUUAGUGCAUAAAUAUAUUUGUUAGAAAAAGAUCUCUGUACAGAUUUAUGAUUUCCGUUCAAAUAUAUGCAUUUUAAACAUUA